AAGUGGUAAUAGUCACUUCAGGGGAAGAAGUAAUGUGGAAGCUUAAGCUUUCGUCGCAAGGAGAUGAUCCUUGGGUUACAAGCAUGAACAAUCAUAUCGGCAGGCAGUACUGGGAGUUCGACCCCAACCUUGGAACGCCUGAGGAGCGAGCACAUGUGGAAAAGCUUCGCAAUGAUUUUACAAUGAAUAGGCUGAGGAUGGGUAGUGUUGGCCUGGCGACUACGGUGGCCCCUUGUUUCUUCUUCCUGGCUUGGGAUACAAUGGGAGCCAACUUUGAGAUGUUGUUUUCGCUGUUCAAGCAAUCCUGGCUACUGACCUUGUCAAUGAAUAUGGUUCCAUGCUUAAAAAAGCACACAACUUUAUUAGAAACACCCAGGGAAGUCAGUUUUGCAGAGUACCGCCACAUUUCCAAGGGAGGAUGGCCUUUCUCUACUCCAGACAGUGGUUGGCCUGUAUCUGAUUGCACUGCAUGUUGGAUUUUAGGUGGUAAGAAGGAAGGAGAAGGGGGGAUUGAGAGAGGACUUGGAGGAGAAGUAGAGACACCCAGAGUUCCCUCUUUUGGUCAGGUUAGAACCCAUUUUCUUCCGUUGGAGUUGUGGUGUGAAAGCUGCACCAAGAGCAGCAAAUGAAAAGAAAGCUGCACAAAAUGGCAGCAAAAUGAAAUGAAAGCAGAGCCGCACCAAGAGCAGCAACAAAGUGCAGCAAACGAAGCUGCAAACGUGAUGAAAUAGGCUGAAAUGAACAGCAAAUGAAAGG